AUGGCGAUGCGGUCGCGGAUCUCCAUCAAGUCGGCGAGCAUGCUCGCCCUGGCCCUGACAACCCUGGCGGCCCCGCGGGGCCUGCUGCUCCGGUGGCUUGACCGUGCGGCCCUGGAGGACGUCUCCUGCGUGCUGGCGUGCGCCGUCGGCGCCGCCAUGUGCGCCGCCUUCUCUCAGAAGCCCGCCGCCUGGAGCCAAAGGGGCUCCAGCGGUGAGACGGGCAAGAUGCGGAUGUCUAUGUUCGCUUUCUGA